UCUAGCUCUGUUGUAAGCUAUCUGUUUUAAAAAUGUCGAGCAACAGAAAGAAGCUGAUCUUUAAUAGAGUUUCAGUCAGCUUCGGGUGCAGCAGCUGCAAGAAACCCAAGCUGACGAGUUUUUUCAACCCAAAACCGAAGCCAAAAUCUCCAUCUUUUAAAACCCAUUCUCAUUACAGCUACUCUUCUUCAAGCUCAUCCAAGAAAACAACCCAUUGUUCUUUCUCUGAAUACGAAACCGCCACCUCUUUUUCUCCAAGCACAGAUACCCCUCUGUACUGUGGCGUCGACAACGAUUCAGAGAAAGGCGCCACGUCUUCAACGGCCACCGUAAGAGGAUUUGGUAGAGUCGGAAGAGAGAGCCUGGCGGUGGAAAAGCACUCAGAUGACCCUUAUUUGGAUUUCAGGCACUCCAUGUUGCAAAUGAUAUUGGAGAAAGAGAUAUAUUCGAAAGAUGAUUUGAGGGAGCUUCUGAACUGUUUCUUGCAGCUGAAUUCGCCGUAUUACCAUGGGAUUAUUGUUAGAGCUUUCACGGAGAUAUGGAACGGGGUGUUCUCCUCAGUCAAGCCUGGCGUUGCUUCUUCUUCCUCCUCGAAGCUGCAUUUUGGGUUGAGACCACGUGACUUGUAG